AUGUUCAGUGUACAGAGGUUCUCAAAGAGCCAGUCUCCAUCCCCUGGGGACACAGUUACUGCAGACAGUGCAUUGAGACCUACUGGAACCUGCCUGACUAGACAGGAGACAACGACUGUCCCCAGUGCAGAAAGAUAUUCAGAACUCCGUCCUGACCUCCUCACUAACUCAGCGUUGGAGAAGGUGAUUGAGACCUACUGGAACCAGCCUGACCAGACAGGAGACUACGACUGUCCGCAGUGCAGAAAGAGAUUCAGAACCCGUCCUGACCUCCUCACUAACUCAGUCUUGGAGAAGGUGAUUGAGAAACUCCACCAGGCAGGGUUCAAGGUCCCUGCUCUUCCCAAGCACUGCUACGCUGGACCUGAAGAUGUGGCCUGUGAUCUCUGCACUGAGAAACAACUCAAAGCUGUGAAGUCCUGUCUUACCUGCACUGCCUCCUACUGUGAGAGCCAUGUCAGACAUCACUACACCGUAGCAGCUCUACAGAGACACACCCUGGUGGGGUUGACUGGAAACCUGGAGCAGAAACUGUGCCAACUGCACCACAGAGCUCUGGAGGUCUUCUGUAAGACAGACCAGGUUUCUGUUUGCCUGGUGUGUGCCUUGCAGGACCACAGAAACCAUGAUGUCAUAAAGAAUGAGAGAGAUACUGAAGAGGAAAACACCAAAACUCAGGAGGAACAGAUGGAAGCUCGACUCCAUAGAGAGAUCAUGAUUCUACAACAUAAUACAGAGGAGCUUCCUGCUGAGAACUCUGAUCAGGCUGAAUGUGGGCGUGGCAGUGAAACUGUCCAGACUGGUUAGGAGGACAGGGAGAGGUUCUACUCCACUGACUGUCCCAGAACUCUCCCUGGUCCUAAAGAGCAGCCAGCCACCAGAGAGAGUGUUAUCCAGGGCUCUGAGUAGUGUUGUGUCCCUGCUGAGACUCUGGAGAGUUCAGUGUCUGGACCUGACUGACUUCUGCAUCCAGGGUCACUCUCUCAUCACACUGCUGUGUCACCAGGGACCUCUCUCUCUCAGACUGAAUUCAGACACUCUGCAGCAGCUGGCUGUAGUUGUGUAUGAAGCUCAGGACAAGGACUUGACUCAGUCGUUCCUGGAGAAGGUUGGUGGAGACCUGACCUCCUGCAGGCUGGACUGGGAAGUG